AUGGAAGUGAAUGGUGAACCAGAUAUAGCUGGUAUUUUCAGCGCGGCUUUAAUGCCAUUGAAAGAUAUGAAAGAUGCAGAUAUUUUGGACCAGUAUGAAAUGAACAUGGCUGAGGGAAAUAUAACACCUGACGUUCUAGAACAUUUAUCUCAAAGAACUACACAGAACCAUAGAGAUGGUAUAUUUGGUGAAGAGUUUAGAAAGAGAGUUAGGGAGAGAGAAGGAAGAGAACCUAUUGUACAUGACCUUGCAAACGAAAGUUUGCAAAAUGUCAUAAAAACUUACUUUGCAGACAAUGAACCGAGAAUGGAUGAAUAUUUAAGAAAACUCAAAUGGACAGUACCAAAUGAAAUGUUAGUAUUGAAAAACAUGUUCCUUGACAAAAUAAAACCAACUACAGAAAUAAAUGACGCAAGACUGGAACAUUGGGUAAAAGCUUUCCCAUUCACAAAAGAUAUUAUUGGUAACAUGGAAAGAAAACCAGAAUGGCUACAAAAACAUAUAUUUGGAAACGAGCUUAUUCCAUAUGGACAAGCUCUGUUUGAAGAGCUUGAACCGGAAACUCAGGAAAGAGUCAUGCAAACAAUACACGAAGACUCAAAUACAAACUAUGACAAAAUCUUUCUAGGAUAUAGGUUACCUGAGAUGGGCGACCAGAGCCCAAAGGCAAAAAGGACAUGGGAAAUUUACAACAUACUAGGUGAACAUGAGGCAAAGAUGCAACAACUUGAAGCAGAGGGCAAGUUACCAAAAGCGACACCAAAGAAGAAGAGAAGAGUAGAACAAAGUGA